UGAAACAGAACGCGGUGUGACGGUGUCGGAUAUCUCGUCUGGCAGAAUAGUUCACGAGGAGAACUUCUUUUUUUUUUUCUUUCUCCCACGUUGAAACCUGAAAAGCGGCAUUACAGCGAGGCGUGCAGGAGGAAACUCGGACCCGGCGAUAUGAAUAGCGGAUAGUAAAUGAAUAGUAAGAAUAGCCCAGGUCUUUUGGGAGCUCGAGUGAUGUAAGGUGGAAAGUUUGCAGACUGGAGCGAUAUGAUAGGACGUCUGUGUGUGUGUGUGUGUGUGUGUGUGUGUGCCGGGGAGGUGCGAGUCCAAGUGAAACACACAGUGUUUUUUGGGAUUAGUACUUCCUCUCUCAGUUGAGGUUCUGCCUCCUGAUCGACCUCGUCGCUGCCGGGCUGAGGAGGUUGUGGAGGUUGUGGAGGAGGAUCUGAUAAGCUCCAGCUGUGACACGCUAGACCUGAGAUCUCUUUGUUCAGAUACUUCAGGGCGACCCUGGGUUUCGGCUCCAUCGUUCCGCCGAGAUUUCGCUCGUCCCAGCAGCAUCUGGAGGAUCAGCUACACCUUCAGAAUGAGGAGGAGGAAGUAGAUAAUCGACUCUUCCUCGCGCAGCCACAACCAGAGAACCACGGCGUUCCGGCAUCCCGUGACGGGUCAGAUCUCUCCGGAGAACACGGAUUUCUUCGUGCAGGAACUAGGGAAUUCCCACAUGUCAAAGCCGCUGGCAGAGCCGAGACCCCCCAGCAUGGUCAGUGAGUCCUCCGUGGCCGUCACCUCGUCCACCGUGGACGCUCCCUCAGGACACAAGCCUUUAAAAUCUACUGGAAGAGUGCAUAGCUUCGGAAAAAGAGAUCACGCCAUCAAGAGGAACCCGAACAUCCCUGUAGUGGUGAGAGGAUGGCUGUACAAGCAGGACAGCUCGGGAAUGAGGCUGUGGAAGAGGAAAUGGUUCGUGUUGUCGGAUUUCUGCCUGUUUUAUUAUAAAGACAGUCGAGAGGAGACGGUUUUGGGGAGCAUCCCGCUGCCGAGCUACGUCGUUUCCCCGGUGGAGCCUGAAGACCACAUCAGCCGCAAGUUCGCCUUUAAGGCGAGUCACACAGGCAUGCGCUCGUACAUUUACAGUAAGAACUCUGUGAUUGGCUCGCAGGCUGAGCACGGCGGCAUGAGGACCUACUUCUUCAGCGCAGACACGCAGGAGGACAUGAACGGGUGGAUCCGAGCCAUGAACCAGGCGGCGCUCAUGCAGAGCCACAGCUUAAAGAGAGAAACUCCUAAAUCUGAUCAACAGGCCAUGCCUCAGACCAAUCACAUCCCAGCGAACAGCAACAGCACCGCCCACGCUGAGGUCCUGCACCAAUCAGGGUGGGUUGAGGUGACAGAGCGAGAACCCAGACACGAGCAGGAGGUAGAGGCACGCCUGGAGGGCCCGGUCAAAGUUGUCUACACAGGAGAUGGAGAUGCAAACGGCAUUUCUCUGGAAUCUGGAGCUCCGUCUCGAACCGCGUCUUCCGCCGCUGCCCAGAGGAACGGCGUGCACAACGAGCAAAACGGCGGCGUGGCGUAUCAGAGGGGUCUCGUGACACGGACAGACACGGAGAAACACGUGCAGAGGAAGACGGCGCUGGCGCAGGUGGAACACUGGGUCAAAGUUCAGAAAGGAGAGCCUAAAAGCCAUCCCGUCUCGGAGUACACUCUCCCCAGACGUACUCCUCCCCUCCAACCCAAGCUGGUCAUGACCGAGUCGUACCAGUCUCUCCCGAAAAGCUCCCGUCGUCCGUCCGCCAGCUCGCCCCCGGUGACCCGCGACAUACCCAGCGACUACAAGUACGCCCACGACCGUCUCAGCCACUUCUGCAUGUCCACAGACGAACGUCUGGCUGCUAAAGAGGGCAUGGUGUGGCAGCUGUAUGAGUGGCAGCAGAGGCAGCGUUUCCGCCACGGAGGCCCUGUGGUUCCGCCCGUCUUCACCACACCCGACUACGUGGACGCUGCCUCCUUCAGGAUGAUGCUGGAGGUCCCGCGCUCGGUAUCCGUCCCCCCUUCACCGUGCGAAGUACCCCCCUCCAAACUGGCGUCGCCCCGCAGACCUCACACCCCCGCCGACAGAGUGACGGUGCGACCCAUAGACGAAAUAUCGAGCAUGGACGUGGUCCGCUCCGCUUCACCGAGGGCUGUCUCCAAGCCGGUACAAAUAGACAGAAGAUCGAUGCCAGCGAUGGGUUACAUCACACACACCGUCAGUGCGCCGAGCUUACACGGAAAAACGCCGGAGGAGCUGACCCUGCUCCUUGUCCAGCUCAGGAGACACCAGGCCAAGAUGGCCGACGCGUUCGCACACCUCCACAACGACGGCCUCUCAGGUCCCAGCCUGCAGGCCGAUGAUACGUACAUGCAGCUGAAGAAGGACCUGGAGUAUCUUGACCUGAAGGUCACAGGACGGGACGCGGUGAAGAACAGUAGACCUCCACGGCCGCUCAAAAUAGCCGAAAGCGAUGUUGACGUGAAGCUGAGCAGAUUGUGCGAACAAGACAAAAUCCUUCAGGAGCUGGAGAUGAGGAUUCGCACGCUCAAAGACGACAAGGAUAAGUUAGAGUCGGUUCUGGAUGUGUCCCAUCAGCAGAUGGAGCAGUACCGGGACCAGCCGGCCCACGCCGAGAAAAUCGCCUACCAGCAAAGAUUGCUGCAGGAGGACGUCGUGCACAUCAGGGCCGAUAUUUCCCAAGUGUCCACGGAGAUGGAGAAGGCUUGGACGGAGUACAGCAGGUUGGAGGCGGACGUGGAGAGAUUGCGAUCGGCGUUGCAGGAGCAGAUGAACCGCAGCGGACUCUCGCAGCGGGAGAAAAGCCAGCUGCGGAAGGAGCUGUGGCGGAUCGAGGACGUGAUGGCGGGUCUGAGCUCCAGCAAAGCAAACUACAAAAUCAUCGUGGACUCUGUGCAGAACCCAGGUGAGCGCGGGGCAGUCCCCCCCGUCAUCGCCCCCACGCACCGGAGCCACGCCCGAGAGAGGAAACUUGUGCCUUCGGCGUUGUCUCCAUCUGUGCCUUCGAUCCUGGUGGGAGAACCGAAACCGGUCCAGUCGAGUCCUCAGCUCAGUCCAGUGCAGCCCAGCGUUCAGACCUUCCAGUUCUCCCAGUCUCUCCCCAAGCCAGUAUGGCCUGAAGAAGACGCCCCACCCAGACCUCCUCUCCCCCACCUCUACAGUCCAGAUGACCACCCUCCGGCCGUCCCACCCCUUCCCAAGGAGACCUCCGUCAUCCGCCACACGUCCGUCCGUGGCCUCAAGCGUCAAUCCGACGAGCGCAAACGUGACCGCGAGAUUGGACAGUACCCCAACGGAGACAAGGUGGAACUGCGGGCGUUCCUCAGUGAACCUGAACUUCUGGGUGUCACGGGACAGAUGAGUGGUUUGGGGCAAGAUGGAGGCUACCAGACCUUACCAAGCAGAGGUGUGACAGGUUCUUCAUCCAGACUCCAUCAGUCCACAAACAUCUCCUCCUACGUCACCCUGAGAAGAGGAGCCGACACAUCCAGCUUAAAGGAGAGACCAAAGAGUGCCUUGGAGCGUCUGUACUCGUCCGAAGUGCCGCUGCAGCAGCAGCAGCAGCAGCAGCAGCAGCGAGGUCGCAUGAGCGCUGACGAGCAGCUGGAGAGGAUGAAGCGCCACCAGAAGGCGCUGGUGCGAGAACGCAAGCGCACCCUGAGCCAGGGCGAGCGCCAGGCCUCUUCAUCUCGCCCUCCUUCCUCCUCCUCCUCCUCACGGCCCGUUUCCGCAGACCUGGGAUCAUGGAGGCGUGAGCAGGAGUUUGAUUUGCAGUUGCUGGAGCGAGCCGUACAGGGCGAGGAGAAGGAGAGGGACAGGGAGAAGGUUUUGGAGCGUAUGGAGAGGCAGCGCUCACAUUCAGACGAGUGGAUCACGCUGCACCUGAACCCUCGCCGAGAACUCGACCUCGAACCGCUCGACUAUCAGCUUGACCUCAGCAAGGAGCUGUCGAAGCCGGAUAAAGUCCUCAUCCCCGAGCGAUAUUUGGACCUGGACCCUGAAGAGCCGCUCAGUCCUCAGGAGAUGGAGGCACGACACCGCAAAGUGGAGCGCAUAAAGAGCAUCCUGUCCAAGUCCAGUGUACAGAACAUUCCGGGUGUGGAGAAGCCGGUGCUUUCGGAGCUGGACUCGGCUCUUCAGGAUCAGGAGAGGAUCAUCACCAUGUCCUACGCUCUGGCCUCCGAGGCUUCAGUCAAGAGCAAGCAGGUGGCAGUUUCUCCGCAGGUUAACAGUCCCACCAUGCUUCCACCUCCACCUCCUCCUCCUCCACCUCCUCCUCCUCCUCCUCUCCCUCCUUCUGCUGUCACUCCUGUUGUCUCCGCCCCUCAGCCUCCUCCUCCUCCUCCUCCUCUAAGCAAUGGAGUUCACUACACCUUUGUCUAAUCCAAAGCCGUGUCCGGUCAUUGAGGUGCUAUCCCACGACGAUCACUCGCUCUCCCUUCGUUAUUUAAACGGUUGACAAACCGAAAAGCUCAGAGCAUCCAUUGUUCCGUCCAUCCUCUGCAUCGUAGACGAGACGUUCAUGUGCUUUUGGACUGGGAAAUAUCAGCAGGAACAGAGGAGAAAAAAAAAAAAAAAAGACUCCCACCGUGAAGCGAGUGUUUUGCCGCGGAAGCCGCUCCGACGCUAAAAGCUGAACAUCUCUAACAGAGUUAAUAGUGCGAUUAGAAAACUUCAUUUGCACUUUUGUACUCAUGCACUGCAUCGUAGAGCAAAUAGAAAACAUGUUUUUUAGUCGUCAUGAAGGCUCUCGAAGACGAAGAUGACGAAGCUGAUGUCAAUGUUUAGAAAGCGGAAAGGUAUUACACUUUAGCAGGACAGAUGUCAGUACAGAUGUUUUGAAGCUGAUUGUAUUUUUGUUGACUGAGAUGCUAUUCUUACACCAAAAUCACAAAAUAUUAUUUUUUUGUAUCUAGUGUAUCUAGCACUGCCAGGUUCCACUUAGCUUGCUAAAUGAGCUUUAUUUUUGCGGACACUGUUGGAUUAACAAUAUUUUUCUUGAGGAAGGGAGUGGGCGUGGCUACAUAGCAUCCUCUGUUUUUUUUUGUUUGUUUGUUUGUUUUUUUUGUUUUUUUCUUAAGAAAAAGAUGUAAAUAUUAAAAAUAUUAACAAAUAUCA